GGCGGCUCUGGUGUGUGUGCGGGGAGCCGCGGGGCUGGAGAUGCGCGAGUGGCCGCUCCGGCCCGGGGCAGCGGCGCCGCAGGCAGAGUACAAUGUUUCAAAAUGCUGGAGAUUAUCUGGGUGAUGCUACAGAUUACAUUUAAUAUGAUUGUAUCUUCAGACAUUCUGCUGCUCCAUUUCAUGAGCUAAAAUAUUUUAUAAAAAUGAAAUUGGAUAUCUUCAUUGAUCUUCAAGUUCAUCGUGUCCUGUGAAUUCAGAGAAGACUUUCUGAAGGAGGAAUAGAUUCAUCACAUAUGUGGACUUCUGUUGUUGCUCAAGGAUACACUUUUUUUUCGUUGUGAAAGGCUAUCUGCAUGAAGAUGAGAUUUGAAAUAUGAUCUGUGUAACUAGGUGAACAAGGAUCCUUUUAAUGAGUUAUCAACAUCUAUUUCAAUCUGCUUCUCCGGCUUUUGUUUUUUAAUAAAAAAUGAAGGACAAGUAUAAAACAGAAGAGCUGAUGUGUUUCUGUGAGGCCUUUAUGUAAUCCUCUGUGUCUGGAUGUGGUGCUAAAGGACAAGCAAUCUGCUUUUGAUCAGCUGAUUGUAACUGCAGAAAGAGAACCUUUAAUUUAAAGUAACUUGCAGCUGUAAUUAUUUUACUCUUUGGCUUGCGCCAAAUGAAAGGGAAAUUUAAGUUUUACUGGUCAGGAGCAUUUUACUGAACUAAGAAAGGGAAACUUACAUUAUCCUUGUUUUCAUUUCAAACCAAGAACCGAUAACAUUUCACUCAGAAUUUGACUGCUAGGGAGAUCUUGGCCGAGUAAAGCAAGUCAGAUGUCAGCAAACGACUCUUCUCCCCCAUCCUUACAGAAGUUUUCCCCACCUACGUGUCAUGCUGCUGCACCACAGACCCCAUCUUUGUCCUCAAGUCCCCAGUCGGGGCUCUCCAGUCGGCUCUCCAAUGGCAGUUUCAGUACCCAGAGCCUCACCAACUCCCGAGGCUCCAUGCAUGGCAUCUCCUUCCUUCUGCAGAUUGGUCUCACUCGGGAGACUGUCACCAUUGAAGCUCAGGACCUGUCCCUCUCUGCUGUUAAAGACCUCGUGUGCUCAAUAGUUUACCAGAAGUUCCCAGAGUGUGGUUUCUUUGGCAUGUAUGACAAAAUUCUCCUGUUCCGCCAUGACCUGAACUCAGAUAAUAUUUUGCAACGAAUUACAUCAGCAGAAGAGAUACACGAGGGAGAUCUUGUUGAGGUUGUACUCUCUGCUUUGGCUACAGUUGAAGAUUUCCAGAUCCGUCCUCAUGCACUUUAUGUGCAUUCCUACAAGGCUCCUACUUUUUGUGACUACUGCGGAGAGAUGCUUUGGGGUUUGGUACGACAGGGAUUAAAAUGUGAGGGUUGUGGGUUAAACUACCAUAAGCGAUGUGCCUUCAAGAUUCCAAACAACUGCAGUGGAGUGAGGAAGAGGCGCCUGUCUAAUGUGUCUUUGCCAGGAGCAGGGCUUUCAGUUCCAAGGCCAGCACAAGCUGAACACACAUCCUCUGCCUCUGAAGAACGUUGCUGCCCAGAGCCCAGUAAGAGGAUUCCCUCUUGGAGUGGCCGCCCCAUCUGGAUGGAUAAGAUGGUGCUGUGCAGAGUGAAGGUCCCACACACCUUUGCUGUUCACUCUUACACUCGUCCCACCAUCUGCCAGUACUGCAAGCGGCUGCUGAAGGGCCUCUUUCGCCAAGGAAUGCAGUGUAAAGAUUGCAGAUUCAACUGUCACAAACGCUGUGCACCUAAAGUACCUCGAGACUGUCUUGGAGAGGUUGUUUUCAAUGGAGAACCUGCUAGCCCAGGGCAGGACUUGGAUAUGCCAAUGGAAGUUGAUAGCAGUGAAAUGAACAGUGAUGGUAGUAGAGUUCUAGAUGAUGCUGAAGAGCCCUCUCCUCCAGAGGACAAAAUCUUUUUUAUGGAUCCAUCUGAUCUUGAUGCAGACAAAGAUGAGGAAGCUGUCAAAACAAUCAGUCCUUCAACAAGCAAUAACAUUCCUCUCAUGCGAGUUGUACAGUCAAUCAAACACACAAAGAGGAAGAGCAGUACAAUGGUGAAAGAAGGAUGGAUGGUCCACUAUACUAGUAGAGACAACCUGAGAAAAAGACAUUACUGGAGACUGGACAGCAAAUGCCUCACACUAUUUCAAAAUGAAUCUGGAACAAAAUAUUACAAGGAGAUUCCACUUUCAGAAAUUCUCCAGGUGACUCAGCCUCGAGAUUUUUCACACGUGGUGCAGGGCAGCAACCCCUACUGUUUUGAGAUCAUCACUGACACGAUGGUGUACUUUGUUGGCGAGAACAAUGGCAGCGCUCAUCACAGUCCAGUCCUUGCUGCCUCCGGAGUGGGACUUGACGUAGCUCAGAGCUGGGAGAAAGCCAUCCGCCAGGCCUUGAUGCCAGUCACCCCUCAGCCUAGCGUUUGCACCGCUGCAGGACAAGGGAAAGAUCACAAAGAAUUGUCUCUAAGCAUCUCUGUUUCAAAUUGCCAGGUCCAGGAGAAUGUGGAUAUCAGCUCUGUGUACCAAAUAUUUGCUGAUGAAGUGCUGGGUUCUGGUCAGUUUGGUAUUGUAUAUGGAGGAAAACAUAGGAAGACUGGAAGAGAUGUGGCUAUCAAAGUCAUUGACAAGAUGAGGUUUCCAACUAAACAGGAAAGUCAGCUUCGUAAUGAAGUAGCCAUUCUCCAGAAUUUGCACCACCCUGGGAUUGUGAACCUGGAAUGUAUGUUUGAAACCCCAGAACGAGUCUUUGUUGUGAUGGAAAAGCUGCAUGGGGAUAUGCUAGAGAUGAUUCUUUCCAGUGAGAAAAGUCGACUUCCAGAACGAAUAACUAAAUUCAUGGUCACUCAGAUACUUGUUGCUUUGAGGAAUUUACACUUCAAGAAUAUUGUGCACUGUGAUUUAAAACCAGAAAAUGUACUACUAGCAUCAGCAGAACCAUUCCCUCAAGUGAAGCUGUGUGACUUUGGCUUUGCGCGCAUCAUUGGUGAGAAGUCCUUCCGGCGCUCUGUGGUGGGCACUCCCGCGUACCUGGCCCCCGAAGUGCUCCGGAGCAAGGGCUACAACCGCUCCCUGGACAUGUGGUCAGUGGGGGUGAUCGUCUACGUCAGCCUCAGUGGCACGUUCCCCUUUAAUGAAGACGAGGAUAUCAAUGAUCAGAUUCAAAAUGCAGCAUUUAUGUACCCACCAAAUCCUUGGAAGGAAAUUUCUAGUGAAGCCAUUGAUUUAAUAAACAAUUUACUUCAAGUGAAGAUGAGAAAACGUUUCAGCGUUGACAAAUCCCUCAGUCACCCAUGGUUACAGGAUUAUCAGACCUGGCUUGACCUCAGAGAAUUUGAAACCCGCAUUGGGGAGCGCUACAUUACCCAUGAGAGCGACGAUGCACGCUGGAAAGAGCACGCUUACGAGCACAACCUCGAGUACCCCCAGCACUUCAUUAUGGCUCCCAAUCCAGAUGACAUGGAAGAAGACCCUUGAUUUGUUUAUUGUGCUAAAUUGCAGCAAAGAAGGAUGCUCCAGGCAGAAAGUGAAGAAAGUGGAACAGCUAUUUCUCUUUCCAAAUGCCGUACACAUAGUUUGGUGUGUGAAGCCCCAGAGGAUCCUCCAUUGCCAUGGGAAUAGACUGCUGUCUGCAAACUUUUCUCCAUCCCUGACUUUAACUCGGAGUAGUUACUAAACAGUGGGAUACAGAGCCCUGUUGGGUAGCAUUUCACCCAGCUGGGUGGCUACAAAGCCAUUACAGAGGUGUAGUGUGUACAGACUGAACGGUUUGUGUUUUUCAAGGGUUUUUGUUUUUUCAUAGCCUACGCAGUAAGAGUUUUGUAAUAGUUUUCUAAUCCCUAUUUACUAGGCCAUAGAGGACUGUUUUCUGUUACUUAGAUACAUCUCCCGUUUCUCAGACUGUGGAUGGUGAAGAGACUCCAUAAAGAAAUCAGCACAGAAUACCUUGGCUAAAGCAAAACAUGGUGGUUUAGUUGAAUACAACUUCAUACAUGAAGGAAUAAUUUGCUGCUGUUUAGACAGUUAAAUAUGUGUGUCUUGGCCCUAAUUGAACUUUUUACAGAAAGCAACCAAAAAAAAAAAAAAGGAUAACCCCAUAACUUCUUACAUUCCUCUUGAAAUGCUGGCUGACAUUCUAAAGAGAUGACAACCAAAGCUGUGCUAGGCUUUUAUUUUGUCUGUUAAAAAAAGCAAUAAGCCACAACAGUGCGCUGCUGUGCAAGGCUGGCACAUCAUUGAUACACACCAAAGGCAUUUUGCCUUAAAACUACACAAAUAAUGCAGAGAGCACACAAGACUUGAUGUAGCAUAUCCUUUCACUCUGGAAGACCAGCUUCUAGCAGAAGGAUGUGGAAAAUAGGGAAAAAUACAUGCAGCUUUCUUUUGUCAUUUUGAGUAAUAAGAUUUUUAAAUUCUUCUAAUAUUUUUCUAAUAUUUUAAGGUUCCCUGGACUUAGAUCAGGAGUAGUUUGUAGCCUGCUAGUGUCUUAUGUUAACUCUGCUCAAAACCUAGAAGUAACAGUGGAUAGCACAUCAGCUGUUGCUUCUGCCAGGGCAGCUGGAUUGUAGGAGAAAGGACUUUGC